UUCCACAUCUCACUUUCUCAGUGUAGUCUUCCAAGCAGCAUGUAGUAGCCGUCCCAGGCAUCCAUUGGCGUGGUCACACAGUGUUAUGUAGACCUACAACCAUGAGUAAUAUACCGAUAUUGUUUAUUUUCUCUUUAAUUUUAAUUUCAACAAACGCACUACCAAUCGGACUUAAAAAUGAGGAACUUCCAAAAAUAGUAGUAGCAGAUAUCAGUGAAAAUGUGACCAACGAUGAAAGGACAGAAAACGACACAGUGAGUGAUAUUAAAGUUAGUGACCGGGCUCUGGCAAGAGCAUCUGUAAGACCUGGGAUGGUAGUUCAAAGUUAUGCUGUUCAAUUGGAACCAAACGAAGCGAACGGAGUAUUCAGUGGUUCAGUGGUUAUUGUUGUGAAUAUCAUUGACGCGGCGACAAGAGAAGAUGACAUCUUAUUCCAUAUUAGUGACUUGGACGUCACUUCUGUGGUUUUCGCAGUUGGCGGAGGAACAAACUUUAUGGAAGCGAACUUCUUUGAGGAUGAUGGGCUUCUGGUAAUACAGACAGGAGUGAUGGCAACGCUGUAUUCAUUUGUGAUAGAAUUUAAUGGGAACCUGGACCCAGGUUUCGGAUUAUAUUCUGGUUCUUACGCUGGUGCAAACAACUACUUGGCUAUGAACUUGCACCCGACCUAUGCAAGACGUGUGUUCCCGUGUAUCGACGAGCUGACUGAAGCAUCCACCAUAUCAUUCGCUAUCAAUGGUGUUGACUAUCCGGUCAUACUUUCCAACUCUUUGCCUGAAGAAAAUAAUCCGAAUCAGUUCCGUCCUCUGCAAGGGCCACCCCACCUUUGGGGUAUGAUUGCUCACAACUACAAUCCAAUCAACACCCCGAUCGCUGGAGUCUCCUUGAUAGCAAGACCUGGCGUGACUAGCCAGGACCGAGCGUCUGUAGCUAUCAACUCCUUCAUGACCUGGCUAAAUGAGUGGACUCAGAAGAAUUACUUCGAAAUUGUCGUUAAUCAAGCCGCAACAAUGAAUGUGAUAGCCAUUCCCGAUGUUGCGAAUAGUUGGUACUCACUCUCCAUUGUUGGUAUCUGGGAACCCUACGUCUUAAUGCCUAUAACUCACUCGGUAAUGCAACGGAAGAUUGGGUUGGUGGCCAUCGCGGAGGCAAUGUCGCGACAGUGGUUCGGCUACGUGCUGUAUCCAGAGAACUGGAUCCACAACUGGGUUCUCACUGGUAUAGGCACUUAUGCUGCAUACGAAGCCGUUAAAGAUCUUGAAACUAACCCGAAUGGAGAGGAUGACACUCUUUUGGACGUCGACACCAUGUUUGUGGCUGAUGUGAUACAAGAGAGCUUGCUUCGUGAUAGCUACACCACCACCGCUUUGGUUCUUCAACCUGACGAAUUUAUAAUAGAAGAAGAUGAUGUCAGACAAAAAAUAUAUGGUCUUAUCGAGUACAAAGCUCCAGCGAUUAUGUCUAUGCUAAGACUUGUGCUUAGUAAUGCCGACACAGAUUUCAUACAAGUCGCCGCAAGAGGACUCUUCAUCAGCAGAUCGCUUCAAACUGUGAACACUUUGAACUUCAUAGACGCUAUAAACAGUCAGUGGGCGUCGCACCCAGACCGAAUCAUAGGAGACGUAGAAGAGUUCCUUGAGCCAUACAUCACCUCCCCAGGCUAUCCAGUCGUCCGAGUUCACAUCACACAAGGAGGAUUGACUUUAAACCAGCAACAUUUCCAAUUUAAUACACCAGCAGUACCUCAAACAUUCCAAAUUCCGCUGACGUUUACGAGGAGUAUUGAUAGGAAUUUUGACAAUGUUCAUCCAUUUAUGAUUCUGGAUGUGGCCACGUUUUCUCACAAUAUCGAAAUUGGUGGUGAAGAAGAUUGGGUGAUUUACAAUAUCCAAGGACGAGGAUACUACCGCGUUUGGUAUGAUAAUGAUCUUAUGGAAAGAUUACAAAUGGCUCUUGAAGACCCUGAGCGUAGAGAAGAAAUACAUCCUUUGAACAGAGCCACUUUGAUCGAUGACUCACUCAAUUUAGCAAGAGGUGGCUUACUUGGAUACGAUCUAGCACUGCAACUGGUCUUAACGAUGGAGCAUGAAACAAACUAUGCGGUAUGGAGAGCCUUCAUCAGGAAUAUGGAGUUCAUCCAGAAACGAUUAUUGGCAAUGGUGGCUGAUGAUGAAGACUUGGACCCGGACAUAUACUUGAGAAUGGUGCGUCGAACCAUUGGAGCUAUAGAGAACGAGCUCGGCUUCCAACCAGACUCGACGCUGACUGAGCCAGCCAUGGACUCUUUGACGCGUGGCAUAGUAAUGGACCACGCCUGCCGCGCCGGCUAUGACCCAUGCAUAGCUGCAGCUGUUGACUGGUUCUAUGACCCGAAUGCUGCCGAGCCUACUGUAAAUCCGAAUAUUCCUCACGAUAUUCGGCCCGCGGUAUUCUGCACAAUGGUGAAGGAAGGCGGUAAUGAAGUCAUAGACGCUCUCAGGGCCCGUCUUGAGAUCGAGACCACGAUGUACGAGCGAUUGGUCAUCCUGGAGUCUUUUGGUUGUUCCCAGGACGGAGGCUUUAUUAACGGGCUGCUCGCUGAGACAGUGGCAGCAAACAGUCCGUACAGCGUGGAGGAAAGAGUCAGGAUAUUCAAGGCGGUCGUCACCUCAAGCCAAGAUAAUGCUUUCAACGCAUUACAGUUCAUAAUACAGAAUACUGGUGCAAUAAGGCAGAGAUAUGGUGGGGAGAAAAAACUGGAAGAAGUCAUUUUCGUUCUAGCGGAAAACAUGGUGGAUCCAGGUCUAGCUACUGACUACCAAACAUGGGUGUUCGGCCAGCUCAACAGUCUUGGCUCGUCUGAAGCAGUAGCACAGAGGUUCAACCAGUUGGUGCAAGAGAACCUGCAGUGGGAUAACAGGUACAGAGACUUCGUCUACGAGUGGAUAGAUGAGAAUGACGCCACUACCGCAGCUCUAUCCAUGUUGUUAGUAUGUAUAACGGUUGUAUUGACGUUGUUCAAUCACUAGCUACAAUACACUUAGCCUAGGCGCAGACCAUCGAUUUUUCGUCGGCUGAUAGUUUAGUCGGGCAGUUGAUCUGUAUGGGCAUUGGGCAUGUAUGGAAAUGUGCAGUUUCGGCCCAACUAUCGGCCAAAUAAAAAUCGUUGGUCUGCGCUUAGGCUACUUGUAAUAUUAUGUACUAGGCGAGUUAAUUUAAAGAACAACGAUGCCGUAGAGUCGUUGGGUUAACGUAUUUAUUAGUAAUUAGAAAAUAUUUUUAAGAGUUUAUAGUAAUAGUAUUCUCUUUGAGAUUUAUGUUUAUUUUUAUAAUCAUGCGUAUAUUAAUAUAGUAGGUUUUACACCUUAUGUACAUGGGUUAUUAAUUAAUUUUACUAAAAAAAUAAUCUUAUAGAGUUUAAUGUAUUUAGGUAUUUUAAAACGGUUGUGGGUUUAUACAAGUAAGUAUAGUUAUACUAAGUGAGAUUGAAACCUAAUACUAUC